UCGUCAACCACUAACGCAAACAUAUCAACAUGCCCAUGCGAUUGAGAGCAGAGAAGAAGAUGAGGAAGCACCUCAUCGAGCAGCUCAAGGCCCGGAAGGUCUUGGGUGCUCGUAUAGCUCAGGGCAAGAACCAGAGUGUAGAAGAAUUACAACACGAGAAGAACCUCGGACCACAGGUGUUUUUGUUCAAGAACAUGUUCAGUGGGCAAGUGUUAUAUUCACAAGUUCCAGCAUUUCACCAAGACCAGAUCGACCAACAGUUUGUUCGCCCGAACUGGGAAAACAGAAAGCCUUCCAGAAGAUCCGAUCUCUGGAGAAUCAUGUGUGUAGCCAGCUUCAAGGACUACGAGCAUGCCAGAGCUGCCUUUAGAGGUUUGGUUCAGUUGAGACAAGCACGUGAUGUUGUCCAGCAGAAAGAAGCCAAGGCGUUGAGAAAGAAGAAUGACGACGGAAACACCUGGUACGCUGGCCAGUAUAGACCCACCUAUUCCCAAGAAGCUGUCGCAGACUUAGCUCAUGUGAUUGAAGAGUUCAACUUAGAAGGCACGAAGUUGUUGUGGGAAAAUGCAUGGAGAAGAGGCGAGGAUAAACACUGGAGACUCGACUUGGUUGAGCACGACACUUUACCUCCUUUCAACCCCAGAGACCAGAGCAUUUUGUUGGAUGAGGUAAGCAAGUUGGCUGUAGAGGAGUUUGCCAAGCUUAGACAGGCAGAAGCUGUUGAAGCUCAAACUGGAGUCACAGAGCUGGCUUAAACAUUGUAGAUAGCCAUUGUACAUAGUUCAUGAAGAUACGCAUGAUAAAGCCGU